AUGUCGACAAAGGUGGAGGAUUUGGAGGUGCACGGCGCAAGUCCAUGGUCUUACCACCCAGCCGCACCGCCCUUGGCCAUCAUCUACCCUGCAAGCGUGGAGGAUGUGGUGGAUGUGGUGCGCAUUUGCUCCCAUACCCGCACGCCCAUCGUUCCUUAUGCUGGAGGAACAUCCUUGGAAGCCCACGCUGCUCUGCAAGGUGCUGUCUGCGUCGAUUGGAGGGACAUGGCGAGCGUGAUCAGCGUGAAUGCGGAGGAUGGCGAUGUUCAUGUGCAGCCUGGUCUCAGAUACGAAGAUCUGAAUGCGCACCUCAAAUCGCUCGGUUUGCAGCUCUUUUUUCCCGUGGAUCCGGGACCUGGCGCUCAGAUCGGUGGAAUGUGCGCAUCGGGGGGCAGCGGUACGAAUGCGGUGCGAUACGGCACGAUGAAGGGCGACUAUGUGCUCUCCCUGGACGUGGUGCUGGCAUCUGGCGAGGUGAUCCGGACGCGAAGUCGAGCUCGCAAAUCCAGCGCAGGACCGGAUCUGACCAAAUUGUUCCUGGGCAGCGAAGGGACGUUGGGAUUGAUCGUGGGCGCUACGCUGCGCUUGGCACCGCUGCUGCCCAUCAGCGUUGCUUGCGUCCCUUUUCCUAGCGUGGAGAAUGCCGUUUCGGCUGCUCAUGCGCUGCUCAAUACCGGUGCUAAUGUGCAGUGCGUCGAGCUGCUGGACGAAGCGAUGAUUCGAGCCAUCAAUGCCGACGACGACGAUGACGACGACGACGACGAGCAGCAAGCCGCAGCAGCACCGCAUCAUCCUCUGGAACCUACGCUCUUUGUCAAAUUCGCAGGUACAGAUGCGCACAGGACAGAGGAUGAGAGGCUGUUGAGCAUCGUCGCGUCCAGUUACGGAGCGAAUCGAGGAGCUGUUCGAUUUGCGCGCAAAGAAGCAGAGAUGGAGGAGUUGUGGAGCGCUAGGAAGCAGGCGCUUUGGGCCGCUUUGGAGUUUGCGGGAGAGGGCAAGAGGUGCUGGACUACGGAUGUGUGCGUGCCCAUUUCCAAAUUGCCGCAACUGGUCAAGCGCGUCAAGCAGGAGACGAACGAUGCUGGCAUUUACGGUCCCAUUGUCGGUCACGUGUGA